GGGUGCCCAAAUCAAAUCAUCAGUGUCCCUCGGUAAUGAGUACUGCCACUCACACUCUCUCUCUCUUUCUCUCUCUCUCCCUCUGCUCUUCCUCUCAGCCUCUCUGCUCUCUCUCUCCUAUUUAUUUCGUCCACAUUCACUCAUCUUACUUGCCACAGCACAGACAACUAGGUAGCUAGCUAACAUGGAGAUGAUGAUGAUGGAGAGCAGAGGAAUCGUGGUUUCCAAGGUGAUGAUGAAAUUGCUUCUUCUUCUUCUUCUUAUGGUGGUUGUUGCUGCGGAGCAAAGCCAUGGAAUGGGCACAAAAUUAGAAGAAGAAGAAGGUGAUCGGAUAACACAGCUUCCAGGGCAGCCCAAGGUUUCUUUCCAGCAGUUCUCCGGUUAUGUCACCGUGAACCAUGCCGCCGGCAGAGCCCUCUUCUACUGGCUCACUGAGUCUUCUCAUCUCCCCUUCUCGAAGCCCUUGGUUGUUUGGCUCAACGGAGGACCAGGGUGCUCGUCGGUGGCGUACGGGGCGUCGGAAGAGAUCGGACCAUUCAGGAUCAACAAGACGGCGUCGGGAUUGUACCUUAACCCCUUCGCCUGGAACUCCCUGGCCAACCUUCUGUUCCUCGAGUCCCCCGCCGGCGUCGGUUUCUCUUACUCCAACACCUCCUCCGACAUCCUCCACACCGGCGACCGCCGCACUGCGGAGGACUCGCUGGAAUUCCUAAUAAGAUGGUUGGAGCGGUUCCCGCGGUACAGAAACCGGGAAGUGUAUUUGACGGGAGAGAGCUACGCCGGCCACUAUGUUCCUCAGCUGGCUAGAGAGAUCAUGAUCUACAACACCAAGUCCAAGCGCCCUAUCAAUCUCAAAGGCAUUAUGGUAGGAAAUGCAGUGACAGACAACUACUAUGACAACCUGGGAACGGUGACAUACUGGUGGAGCCAUGCCAUGAUCUCUGACAGAACCUACCGGCAGCUCAUCAACACCUGCGAUUUCCGGCGGGAGAAGGAGUCGGACCAGUGCGAAUCCCUUUACAACUAUGCCAUGGACCAAGAAUUCGGAAACAUCGAUCAAUACAACAUCUAUGCCCCCCCUUGCAACGUCAACUCUGAUGGUACCACCACCACCGUUGCCGCCACUCGCCACACGCUCUCCUUGCCUCAUCGCCCCCGCCACCCGAUAUUUUGGCGAAUAUCGGGAUAUGAUCCGUGUACUGAAAAAUACGCGGAGGUUUACUACAAUCGGGAAGAUGUUCAGAAAGCAAUGCAUGCCAACACAACCAGAAUUCCUUAUAGGUGGACUGCGUGCAGUGAAACGUUGAAUCGGAACUGGAACGACACGGCUAUAUCGAUUCUACCUAUAUACAGGGAAAUGAUUGCUGCGGGUUUGAGAGUCUGGGUUUUCAGCGGGGAUGUGGACUCGGUGGUGCCAGUAACAGCCACCAGGUACUCCCUGGCACAGCUCAAAUUAGCAGCACAAAUUCCAUGGUACCCCUGGUAUGUUAAGAACCAGGUCCGUCUCUCCAUUCCCCCUAUACCUACUUACUUUCAAUAUUCUUUCAUUCAAUUCAUUUCUCUCCCCCACUCCUCCUCCCCGUCUUUUUAUACGUGCAUGUGUGUGUUUGUGGCCUUAGCAAUUGGUUUUAAGAGAAACAGGAUUAUUUUAAACUUUCUUAUUUAGAAUUAUUCCCACUCACUUUCAAACUUUAUAUAUAAGAAAAUGAGGAAUGCUAGGAGCUAGUAAUUAUUCUCUACAUAUAUCUUCUCAUACACUUCGUUUUAUGGUUCAACCACUUGUCAUUUUCUUAAACUCAAUAUUUAUUAGGUAAGUAUUUCAGACAAUUGUUCUUUUUAUUAUUAUUUUCAGAAAUUGUGAUUAAAAAAAAAAACAUGCAGUCCAUAUUAAAGAACCUAUAUAUGUGAUGUGCGGAUUUAUAUGUGCAUGUCCCUAUUUAUAAUCUAAAAUCUUAUAAUAGUUCGACCUUCUUGUUGACACUUUAAUUGCAAUUCUAUUGAAUCUUGGGUUUGGGCUACAAUGAUUUUAUACUCCUUUACAACCUAAUGGCAUAUUAACUAAUAAAAUGAGAUAAAAAAAUAUAUUUUUUUUCUUUUCCAUUUUUUGGGGGAGCAAAUUAAUAAGCAAAAAGAUAAAAUUGAUUUUUUUGUUUUUGGUUUAUGGUGGAAAUGGUGAAUGAGAUAGGUGGGAGGGUGGACAGAGGUGUAUGAAGGGCUGACAUUUGCAACAGUGAGAGGGGCAGGCCACGAAGUCCCACUCUUCAAGCCCAGAGCCGCACUCCAGCUCUUCGAGUCCUUUCUCAGGGGAGACCCCCUCCCCAAGUCUUCCUGACGAUCCAACCCUAGCCUACUAAUUCUCUAUUCUCCUAUCUUAUUCAGAUAGCAACAUAAUAUCUAUACUACUUCUCCGAUUCAGCACUGCCACUGCCACUGCCACUGCCACUGCCAUUGCCAUUGCACUCUAAGCAUUGUGUAUUUAUGUCGUUUCUUAAUUAUAUAAAGAAGAGGGUAAGAAAAAGAAAACCAAAAGAGAAAGUGAGAGACUGAUUGUGUAAUGGAGGAACUCCAAGUGAAAAUGAAAUGUCUUCUUUGUACCUUGUGCUGGUUUGGACUUUGGAGGGCAAUAUUCAAAAGACAAAAAUGAAAUAUGAAGAAGCUUACAGACUUA